CGUUCGCACGGAAACGGACCACCAUUCUUCUAAUCGUUCUCGUACAGAAUGGAUGUGCUGUGCGCAUGCCGAAUAGUUUUGUGAAAUAGGGAAAUUAGAGUGUAUGGUGUGUUCCAUCUGCUUGUAACAUUCAGGCUGCCAAGCCCAAUGUUCCCUGAUUCUGUUGCGUGUGCGCUUCUGUUAAACUUUGGUUAGUGUGUGAAAGCGUUUGUGGGGGCCUUUUUUUUUCUUCUGAAAAUUGCACUGCACGCUACCAAUCGUUCAGGCCUGUAUUCAUGGUGGUUCGGAUUCGGCACUGUAGCAGACGCUGUAUACGCCGCCGCUACAUCAUCGUAUUACUGCACGCCUAGUGAACUAUUAACCGUCGUGUCUCGUUGCCAUGCUUGGUUCACCGGUGGAAGUGCGAUACGACGAUGGUGGUGCGGUAGUGCUGAUACAGACCGAUGGCGGCGGACCGGCACGGACUACCGAUGGCAGCGACGGCACAACAGAAACACCACCGAACGCAACACACAACAGUCAGGGAAGCGUUGCCGGCACAUCGGAAUCGAGCCGCAUCAUCAUACACGAUACGCACGGUGUAGAAGGAUGCGGUUCUAUUACGAUUCUAACACCAACCAAUAAUCUUAAAAUAAGCAUAAACACUAAACGAUACGAUCGGCGUAUCGAUGGAUUUCAGGCAGCGAAACGGAGCUUAACAAACGAUCUGCGGAACAAAUUGGGCGAGCUGGACGAGCUGCUGAAGGCGUCCUGCGACGGUGAUGAUGGUACCGAACCGGACGAACCAUCGCUAGACGCAAACCUAUCCUCAACGGUAACGGUGCAAACGCAACCGAACGCUUCCACCACCACCACCGCCAGUGACGGAAUGGCACAAAAUGGAGCUGCAGCUAGCGCGAAGGAAAACGCCAACGUGUGCGAGCUAGAGCUGCAAGGCCAACUGUACCUGCUGGACGAUGUGCUCGUACGGAAAUCGAACGACAAUGAGCUGUUCCAUCUUGGCACCGUGGUCGAUCUCGAACCGACCAGUCACUGUUUGGUGCGGUUCGAUGAUACAACCAUACGGCGGGUCGAACUGUCCCGCAUCACACGGUGCGGACCAUUUGUGCAGCAGGAAAAUGCGCUGCACGAGGAAAAAUUGUCACCGGUACGGACAUCCUCACCACCGCGCAUGCUACGCUUUCCGUCCGAGUUUUUCCCGCUUACCUGCCUCACCCAGCUGCCGUACGAAUUGAAAUCCCUCAAAUGGGACGCACACCAUCGCACUAAUGUGAACGGUCACUAUUGCUACUGCGGCAACGAUGGUGAUUGGGCGCGGGAAAUGGUACAGUGCCGGCGCUGCAAACAGUGGUUCCAUGGGCGGUGUGUGCGUAGCUUACAGUUUCCGAUCCUGCACGGCGACACGUUCUACGUGUUUAUCUGCUCGAUCUGCAACCACGGGCAUGAGUUUGUGCGCCGGCUCGUGCUGAGCGCGGGCAACCUGGUGCAUCUGGUGCUGUACAACCUUAUCAUGCGCAAUGGUCGUCGGUUUUAUGGGUUACGCUCCGCGAUACUGCCAUACAUCGAGGACAAUCAGCGAACGCUGCAGCUUGCGGAAAAGUUCGUGAAGCUUUCGGUGCACGAGAGAGCGGAACUGUUGCACAAUGCACUCAAAAGCAACAAAGAAACAUUCUGCAAUGGUAAAGAUUUUGGAUUGUCGCAGCAUCUGUGGACGCUGCGCCAACCGGUACCGCCUCCGAUCGAACCAAUCAUCAUACCCAUUCCACCGGAGGAAACCGUCACGGAAUCGAUACUGCAACAAAAACUACUACAUACGGAUAAUUUUCGGUUUCUUCCCAGAGUCUAUCAUGAGAAAAAUUAUUUCAUGGAUGGUGCGACACGCGAACGUAUGCUCGGUCUGGCGUACGCCAAUCAUCCGGAAUCCGUCGAGGAUCCACGGACGGAAAGUUACACCUAUUGCACCAACUUGCCAUCAACAUCCGCGACAGUAACAUCCAAACAAUCAACCAAAACCGAAACAUCAUCAUCAUCCCCGCAACCGUCACAAGUAGCGCCAGCAUGCAACGGCACCGUUUCGCUGGUUCGGGCAUACCGGCGCAAACGGUACGGCAUACGGCCGACCCCGGUCGGGACGCCGAUAGCGGGCGGCGGUCUGCUCGAUACGAUCAUUCCACCGCCACCGAAUUUCCACGGUGCGAACAAUCCAUUCUACGAGGAAGAAUCAAUAUCGCUCGCGAUGAUGGGACGUGCGCGCAACAUCGAACGGAAGAUGGGCACCAUGAAACGGCGCGCCUGUGAUAUAAAUCAUCGCUGUAUGGUAAGCGCAAAAAGGCGCAAUAUAAGAUACACGGGUAACUCGUCUUUGCGGGGUGCUGUACCGAAAACCCGCGCAUUCCGCGGGCGUAAGCGGACCCUAUCCGAUGUGGCGGAAGAGUCACGCAACGCACUGUCCUGGCACAAUGUGCAACGGCACAACAUGAACGGCUAUGGUACCGCGUACGGGCAGCGGCCAUCCUCGGCAACAUGCUCCUCUUCCUCGUGUCACGUCGAGCAAGUGGAUGCGACCGUUGCUGCCGGCGGCGAACAGCAGGAAAAUUCGGAUGCUUCCUGCAUCGAGGAAAAACCGCUUGCCAGUGGGCGCCGAUCGUCCGGCCGGCUGAUAGCGCUCAGGCCGAAAAAUUAUUCCGAUUCGCGCAGGUACAAGCGCCGUCGGGAUUCCGAAACGGGCGUUAUGCCGUGCCACCAUAGCGAUGCGUACGACGGUACCGAAACCGAUCAGUCGAACGGUGAUCGGUUGUCCUGCAGUGGCUUUACGUCGAGCCGCAGCCUCAGCAGCUCGUGCCUGUUGCGCAAUGCGUACUGGGAGCAGGACACCGGUAACAACUCAUCGGACAGCCGGCAGCAGCAACAGCAGCAAGACCGUGCCAGAUGCGUUGUCGUCGGCAAGCGCACACUCCCGGACGGGACGCAGGAAUUGCUGCUGGAGGAGAAUUAAAACCGCGUGGAAAACCCGUCCAAUGUCCGCGCGGUUUUUUUUUCUCUCUCACUCUCUCACUCUCUUUUCCCCCUUUUUUCAGUUAUUGAUUUUUUUUGUUUGUUAAAUUUAAUUUAAAUUGGUUUUUCUUUUAGAAUUUUUUUGCAACGAAAAAAAAAAAACAAACAAAAACCGAACAGCGCAAUGAUUUGAUCGCUGCGAAUGUCCGGGUUUUUUUUCUGGCGUGCCGAUAACGUUGCUCAUUAUUUAUGUUGACGAAAAUGUGGUGAGGCGAGAUAGGAAAAAUUAUUUUUUUGUUUUAUCUCACUCUCGUUUUGUUUAAUACGCCUUCCCCUCCAUACGCUGGGAUGGGGCAGGUAUUUAUAUUAGGUUAGCUAGAUUGAUGAACUACAAAUUUACGCGUCGAACUUGAAAGAGUACAAACCUUAUAGUCGGAUAGAAUGGAAAAUGAGUUAAGAUAAGAAAUUCGUAACAAGAGCCUUGUCUCACGUCUUGCAAGGAAAGCAGCGCCGGGUAUAAUGGAAUGGAUUGCAAAAAAAAAUUCCCACGAAAAAUACUACCACAUAGUUAAACAAUAUGCGAAAGGAAUGUAAAACAUUUAUAUAUAGUCGAACGCUCGUCGGCGUAUUUGAAAAAUCGAUUUCAGUUACAAGGGUACACUGUCGAAGGAGAAGAACCGGUCUCUAGAGCUAUAGUGAACAUAAACAGUAAGCUUAGAAAAGUUCCUUUAAACUUUUUAAAAUAACAAAGGGGACCAGCCCGAAGAAGCUACUAACUGUUUUUUUUUCGCAAAAACAAUUUAGUACACGAUUUACGCAAGGAACGGCUAUAUUAGCAGCUGUAUGAUUUCAUUUUGUUAACUUGUUCUCGUUCAGGAAUUUUUUGUUUUCAUUUCUUCAUUUUGCAAAACACUAUUUGCGGUGUAUCGAACUUGAAGUUCCUUUACAGAUUUACGGAACAAAAAAAAACCGUUUAAUUCGUUAUUAUGUUAAAAUGACGAUAAGCGCUUAUUUUUGCUUCUAUAAUAAUUUUUUUUUCAAUAUUACUUCAUUUUUGUGUCUCGCGCAAUCGAAAGCCAAGAAAUGGAACAAACCCUCUAUAUUUGUUAGCGCACUUAAUUGAUGUAUUGAAUGUUUGUUUUAUUUACCAUUUUACUGUGCGCGCUGAUGUAUUGUUUUCUCUCUUGCCACCAUUUUUUUUGGUAUCCAUUUUGCAAAACACUCUACUGCCAUUAAUAGGUGUGUGAUACGAGAGAAAUGUGAAACAACACUUACAUGAAAAGAUUUCAACCACGAACAAAUGAUCCCCACUCCCAACCAAUUUUGCUGCUGUGUGAGCAUACCGUUCCCUUGCAACAUAAUGUAAAGGUGUAAAAGGAGAGAAAAAGGAGGAGAAAAAAAACACGAAAGCAUGAAUGAUGCGUACUGAUUAGUUAUGCUUCGAUUAGAAUAUUUGCUUUGCGGAACAAACGAAUUAUAUUGUAAAUGUGAAACGAGGAAAAUCAAGAAUCUUAUCAACGGGCAUUAAUUAUUAUUUGUUUUUCGUUUCAUUCUAUUCUCAGAUAUGAUUACUUUCGUAUACGUUUUACGAAGAUAAGUAAAAAAAACAAAACACAAAAGUUAUCUUUAACAAUCUGUUGUACUGAACCUAACUUAAAAGUCUGUAAAAUAAGAUUCAGAGCGGUGCAAACGGUCAGCAUACUAGUCUGAGGGCAAAACGUUAGACAACCUAAACUAAACCUCAAAAGUGAAUGAGAGAAAGCGAGAGCUAGGGGUUAAGUGCAUAUUUUGUUUUUCAAGAACAAAAAGAAAGAUAACACUUCAUCGCGUAUUUUAGUUAGCUUACACAUAAAAACAGAGAGAGAUAUCGAGCGAGAUGUGCGAGAUGUUAUAUUUCCAUGCAGUUUAAGUUACGUACAAUUAUUUAUCGGCGUUCGGAAUGGGACGCUUUUUACGUGUUCCCGCUGGAGCCAGGCCAAAGGGCUGACUCCUCCUGUGUACCAUGUAGUCCGGGCAUCAUCCUACAAAAUGCGAGCGAAACGCUCAACCAACGGGAGUUUAGUGUUUAGAAGUUUUAAGUUUAUUAGCCGUUUUUGAAGUUGGUAACAUAUUGUCACUGCCUAAUUUAAUUUUCCCCGUGCGGCCACACUGGUGUUUUGCUCAUCAGGUGUUUCUGCACACAGCUGUACCAUUUUUGUUUAGUCUAGUAGCAAAGCUAGCAUAAUUAACUCCUUCGGUAACGCUUCCGCGAGGCUAUAGUAACGCACGGAAAAAAAAGAAGUAUUUUUUUCCAUCCCAUGUGUCGCAAGCUCAUAUUCAACAUUCACCAAAACCUAACGGCAACGUGGUUGCGGUUAGUAAUGAAUUUAAAUCUUAAAGUAGUGUAAAAACGCUGGCACACAACCCAGCGUCGUGUGUGUGUAUCCGUAAGCGGAUGUAAGACUUGCAAAAGGACAAGGAACUGAGCCUAAAACGGUAUAAGUGGAAAGGGGGAAGGGGUUGUAAGAAGUUCCAUUACGAAGCUUCUUCCUUCACGGCCCCCAAAAAAUAUCCCUCUCCCCCUCCUGCUCCUCCCUCCCUCACUGCCAAUGAGAUGUGAUAUCGUGAUACGACGACGAUGACGACGAACUGUCCGAUAGCGGAACCGUAGUUAUUGGCACGAAAAUUCCGCAAUAUAAAACAGAUAUAAAACAAAACACGUAAAACAUACAAGCCAAAAACAUAAUACAAAAACAAAGCUAACAGAUCAUAUAAAAAUGCAAGAAGGAAGGAUUCGGUGCGUACAUUUACGAUAGCUCGCGAACUACGUGCUCCCCAUUACUGCGGCUGAUUUUUUUUUUAGUUUUUUUUAUCCCAAAGUUUAUGUUUUCUUUCUUUUCUCUUUCUCUCUCU